UAGUGAAUCAGUCAUUUUUAUUUCAAUUUCUUUCUGUCUGUAUAGCUUGUAUUCUCAGUAUGGUGGAAAAAUAAACUAUACCCAAUAACUAAUUUUACAAAAGAUGGGAUUUCAAGAAUACCUCGCUUGGAUAGGGCGCGUCGGUAUCUUCGGAGUUCUGAGGUCUUGUUGGAACGUAAUUUGGAAUCACGGUAUCCAAAGAAUACUGUUCGGAGUUCCACAAAGCACUGUAGCAGCCAACGAAGCGUUCAAUGCCCGUGAGCAACCACCUCCGACAAAUUCAGGGCCGCCAAGAAGAAAUCUAGACCAACUUCAUCGCAGACCAUUGCAUGAACGAAAUGAAGAACAACGCCCCCAGCCACCCACACCCACAUACAAUAUUGUUGGAAGUAAACUCAAUCAAGUUGCAAUUGGUUCGUCCGAUACAACUUAUGCACACGCUUCUAUCAGAGAGGCUCAGAGGCAACAGGAAGUUAAUUUGGCGCACGAGGGAAACAACUUACAUGACGGAAACAACGUCCAUGAGGGUUUCGACCAUCACGAAGACUUCGUUCUUCAUGACUGAUACCUGUAUAAUAAAUAACCUCUUCAAAUGGUUAGACUGGUUUUCAAACUAUUUUAUUAUAUAAUUUUAUAAUCGUUUGUAUAUAUGAUUUAGUUAAGUGCGAUUUAAAAUUCGGAUUGAUAAACUUUUGACUCCGAGCACAUCCCCAUGUUGAGGAAAUUCAUUAUAUGCCCCAUUUACGUUUGUUAGCCUGAGUUAAGCGCACUCUGUAGUCAGUGAUGGAAAUCAGAACUCGAACAACAAAUUCCCAUCCCGGUAACCAGUCCAUGUCGGCCGACCAGCGGUUACGUGAAUCACUCUACGACGACGAGGAGUCCAGCAAUCCUCUGGCACAUAACUGUUCCCUCUAAGAAUAUUGCGAUGACCCGGAUAAUUCGAGAACACACCAGAUUUUCAUAAUUUUGUAAAACUUUGGUGAUGUAAUACUAUUAAAAGCCUAUGCAAUGCUACUUAAGUAAGGCCUUUGCACGUGGGCCAUAGAAAACUGACAUGAAAUGCGAGGGGUUCACUUCAUACAUUUGAAAACAGGCCUAGACCAUGCCUGAUUGCCAGUAACUUCGUAUCGGCAGAUAAAGCUGCUUCAAACGAUGGUUUCUGUGAAAUUUAUUCAAUAAUAGCAAAAUGUUUCUGACCAUUCUGUAGAUCUGUUUUCGAAAAUGUUUAGUGUAGGGCUUUCUUCUUCUACCGCAUAGAAAUAUAUUCUAAUUAAUUCAUAUUUCAAUGCAUGUUAUAUUACAAAGUGAAA